GCGUCUUGAUUCCUAAGUUAAAAAAUGCGUGUUGUUUUCGGAAUUCUGUGCUCUUCAGAUUGAUGCAUUGAGAGUGUUCGAAGGUAAAUUUUUGCUGCCAAUAUGUGUUUGAUUGAUUUAUUCGUUGGAGAUCGGUAAAACCCUAGAUAGAUCAUUUCAUGUUUUCUAUCUGUGGUGUAUAACAAUUUAGGGAAUUUCGUGGAUUGAUUAGGCGGUUUUCUGUAUAUAUGACGUUAUUAGCUCGAAUAUUUCUGAAAUGGAUGGAUUGAUUUUGAGAUCGAGAGAAGCUAUUUAGGGUUGGGUUGGGUUCAACUCCUCCAUUGCAGAUGGAGGAUACUGAUGAAGAUUUCUUUGAUAAAUUGGUCGAUGAUGUUGAUGAUCAAUUUAAUAUCACUUCAUCAUCUUCAGGCAAGGCAGCCCAAUUAGAUAAUCUAAAUGAUUCUGAUAAGGCUAAAGCAGGAGAAGAGGAUGAUAAAGCUUCUUCUACAAUUAGUGGGGUUCUCAAAUACGAGUCAACCGAAAAGCAAGUGGACCCCGGUGAGUUGUUAGUAUCUUCUAAUUCGUUUGCAUUCGAUAAUGUGAAUAAUGAACCUAAUAAUGGGAUAGGGAUGGCGGAACAAUUGGAUUCUACAGCAAGUGGGUAUCAUGGAAUUGGGGGUGCUUCAGGUGUUAAGGAGGUACAGUGGAGUGCUUUCACUGCUGAGCCUCUUGACGACAGUAACAAUGGGUUUGGAUCAUACUCUGACUUCUUCACGGAUUUUGGAGAUAAUUUUGUUGACCAGACGAGGAAAGGGGAUAGCUUUGUUAAUAGUGAACCGAAUUCAAUCGGUAAUUCACCACAUGUGGAUGGUGCUGAUGGCUAUUCACAUCAAUUUCAAGAGGGUCAGUCCUAUACUACAUCUGGGAGACAAAGUACAGAUGGUCAAGAUAUAAAUAGCAGUCAGUACUGGGAGAAUCUUUAUCCCGGUUGGAAGUAUGAUGCAAAUACUGGCCAAUGGUAUCAAGUCAACGAAGGUUAUGAUGCAACAGCAAAUGCACAGGGGGUUGAUAAUUCAACUUCUGAAUGGACCGUCUCUAAUACAAAAUCAGAGGCUGCUUAUUUGCAGCAAACUUCCCAAUCUUUUGUGGGGGAUGCAGCAGAAAAAGGCACAACCGAAAGUGUCAUGAGCUGGGGUUCAGUUUCAGAAGUUAGUCACACUAAUGACAGUUUAUCAAACUGGAGUCAGGCAUCACAAGGAAAUAACGGAUAUCCCUCACAUAUGUAUUUUGAUCCCCAAUAUCCAGGUUGGUAUUAUGACAUGAAUGCCCAAGAAUGGCGUGCUUUGGAUGCAUAUAAUUCUAUGCAAACCGCUCAUGCUCAAGACCAGGUCGAUCAAAAUGGUUUUUCCGCAACUAAUAGUUAUUAUGGAAAUGAACAGAAAGUAUUUGGUGGGCAGGGCCAGAUAGGUAAGCAGUCUGGAUUUGAAGUCUUCGGUAGCCAAGGACAAGACUAUAACUGGAAUGGGUCUUUCAGUAAACAGCAAGGUUCAAGUAUGUGGCAACCUGAUAAUGUUAACAAGAAUUCAUCUAUGUCAUAUCCUAGAGGCAACCAACAUGUACAGAAUCACUAUGGUGCUAAUUUUCCUUUAGAUAACAACGUUAACCGACAGCAAUCUUAUGAUGAUGGGGGAACAGCUUCAUCUUUUAAUAAAGCUAGUCAGGUUCGUAAUGAGUUCCCUGCCGUUUCUGGGUCCCAUUCCUUUGUUCCUAGUGGGAACUUUAGUCAGCCAUUCCACCAAUCAACAACUGAGCAAAGUGAGAUGAUGAAUGCCACAAAGGCCUAUGGCAAUCAGAACCUGUUAAGCUAUUCUCAGCCAAGUGUUCAUCAGCGUGGACAUCAAAGAUCUGCUUCUACUGCAGGAAGGUCAUCCGCUGGGCGCCCUCCUCAUGCUUUGGUUACUUUUGGUUUUGGUGGGAAGCUACUUGUGAUGAAGGAUGCUACUCCUCUCAUAAAUUCAUCUUAUGGAACCCCGAAGGACUCAAGCGCUGGGUCAGUCUCUGUUCUUAACCUGACAGAAAUUGUUCCUGGAGGAGCUGAUGCAUCAAGCAGUGCAACAGGCGUAGGUGGUUACUUUCAUGCUCUUUGCCGGCAAUCCUUUCCUGGUCCACUGGCUGCUGGAAAUGUUGGUGGUAGAGAGUUGAAUAGGUGGAUUGAUGAGAGGAUUGCACACCCUACUGACAUUGAUUACAGGAAAGUAGGAGUUCUAAGGCUUCUCCUUUCCUUGCUAAAAAUAGCUUCACAACACUAUGGGAAAUUGCGUUCUCCUUUUGGCACAGACACUACAUCAAAGGAAAAUGACGCUCCAGAUGUUGCUGUUGCUAGACUGUUUGCAUCUGCAAAGAGAAGCAGUGCAGAAUAUGUUGAUUAUGGUGCUUUCACCAACUGCUUGCAACAGUUUCCUUCAGAAGGACAGAGCCAGGCAACUGCUGCUGAAGUCCAAACUCUGCUGGUUUCUGGUAGAAAGAUAGAGGCACUUCAACAUGCACAGGAGGGUCAAUUGUGGGGGCUUGCCCUUGUUCUUGCAGCACAACUUGGUGAUCAGUUCUAUGUGGACACCGUCAGGAAUAUGGCUCUUCGCCAGCUUGUAGCGGGUUCACCUUUGCGGACGUUAUGCCUACUUAUUGCUGGUCAACCCGCAGAUGUGUUUUCGACUGACAAUAGAACAGAUGGUGGCACUGCUGGUGCUGUAAAUAUGUUUCCGCAGCCUGUACAGGCUCAACUUGGUGCUAAUGCUAUGCUUGAUGACUGGGAAGAAAAUUUAGCUAUGAUUACUGCUAACAGGACCAAAGACGAUGAACUGGUGCUUAUUCAUCUUGGAGACUGUUUGUGGAAAGAAACAAGUAAUAUUAUCGCGGCACAUAUUUGCUACUUAGUUGCAGAAGCUAACUUUGAGCCGUAUUCAGACAGUGCUAGACUGUGUCUGAUUGGUGCAGAUCACUGGAAACAUCCCCGAACAUAUGCCUGUCCAGAAGCCAUUCAGAGGACCGAGGUGUAUGAAUAUUCAAAGCUUCUGGGGAACUCUCAGUUCACCUUGCUACCAUUUCAACCAUAUAAGCUUAUAUAUGCCCAUAUGUUGGCUGAAGUAGGAAGAGUAUCUGACUCAUUGAAGUAUUGUCAAUCAAUAUCAAAAUCUUUGAAAACUGGCCGAGCCCCGGAAGUAGAAACAUGGAGGCAUAUGAUUUCGUCCUUAGAGGAUAGGAUAAAAACUUACCAACAGGGAGGGUUCUCUACAAACUUAGCUCCUGGGAAAUUAGUUGGAAAAUUGCUCAACCUUUUUGAUAGCACCGCACAUCGUGUAGUUGGGGGACUACCACCACCCGUCCCCUCAACAUCUGGUGCUGGUGCGCAAAAUUACCAUUAUCAUCAACCCACAGGGCCUCGGGUAUCUGCUAGUCAAUCAACAAUGGCGAUGUCGUCAUUGGUUCCGUCUGCAUCCAUGGAGCCCAUCACUCAGAAGUCUGCAGAGGGGAACAACAGAAGAAUCAUGCAUAACAGAAGUGUAUCCGAACCUGACUUUGGUCGGUCUCCCAGGCAGGAUCAGGUUGAAUCGUCAAAGGAAAACUCUGCAGAUUCACAAAGUAAAGCAUCUGGUACUUCACGCUUUGGUCGCUUUGGCUUUGGCUCCCAGCUCUUCCAAAAGACUGUGGGUUUAGUUCUAAAACCUCGCCAGGACAAACAGGCGAAAUUGGGCGAAACAAACAAGUUCUACUAUGAUGAGAAACUUAAAAGAUGGGUAGAGGAAGGGGUUGAUCCACCAGCAGAGGAAGCGGCACUUCCUCCUCCCCCAACAAUGGCAACCUUCCAGAAUGGAACAUCGGACCAUGGCUCAAAAAGUGCGGCAAAGAGCGAAGGGGCUCUUAGCAACGGAAGCUUGGAGUUUUCAAGUGGAUCUUCUGUGGGACAUAGUUCUGGAAUUCCGCCAAUUCCAGCCACCUCAAGCCAAUUCUCAGCUCGUGGAAGGAUGGGUGUUCGAUCUAGGUACGUUGACACUUUCAACCAAGGUGGUGGGAACCCUAGCAAAUUAUUCCAGUCACCUUCCGCCUCUUCUAUCAAAUCGACCGCAAAAUCUAACCCGAAAUUUUUUGUUCCCAUGGCUGUACCAUCAGCCGAACAGCCAGCCGAAACUUUCCCAGAUAACAUGCAUCACCAGACUACAACUGCCGAUGAAAACCCGUCACCUCCUUCCAUACAUAGCCAUUUCCAAUCGCCCCCAUAUACAUCUACCAUGCAAAGAUUUGCAAGCAUGGACGAUAUUUCAAAAGGCGGAACACCCUCAUUCCCGAGCAACUCCAGCUCACCUCGCUCACGAAGAACGGUUUCAUGGGGCGGAAGUACCGAUGAACGGUUCUCGGUUUCUAGCGAGGUGAAACCAAGUGGCGAGUUUUUAGGUAUGUCUCAAUUGUCGUUCAUGCCAAGCGAACGUGCAGUAAUGCCGCCCGCAACAAAUGGUGAUAGUUUUAGCGACGACUAUCUUCACGAAGUUGAACUUUAGAAGCGGAAUGUUUGUUUUCGGAGAUGAAAGGGUGGUUUUCGGUUUCACUCACGGGUAUGCUAAAAACGCUAACGUGGACUUCUAGAAGAUAGGUUUUGCUUCAAAUGUGUCGCUGAAAGGGCGAACGGAAGGAUGCCACUGUACAGUUUACUUGUUCGCCGAUUAACAAAAUAUAUAUACAUCUCCCUCAAGAUGUUCAUAAUAAGUUUAGUUUUGGGAGAUUGAUAUAUGCAUACAUAUAUAUAGAUAGAGAUAUAUAUGUGUGUACUAAAUUUUCAAAUAAUGUGAUAGAUUUUGUUCUGUG